AUGAUGUUAUUUGCUUGCUCAGGCCUAGCUAUACCAUCCGGGACAACUAAACUAGAGCUGAGAAGAUUUGUGACUUCAAGACGUUUGGUUGAGGAAUUCAAUAAAAACAGAAAUACAGAUGAUAAAUUGAGAUUGAUGUGUGCCUUCCAGAUAAUACGCAUAUGGAUGGGUUCUUGGGACUAUAUGAUAAAGAUAUUGCUAUUGUCACGUCCUGUAAUUGCAGCUGCUCGUAUGUUUGGAUCGGGCCGUUUGAUGGUCAAAUUGGGGCGUCUGACUGGAGACAGUCGUGCAAGAUGUGAUGGAAUCACAGAGGCUGCACUUGGAGGGCCGCUCGUCAGUCAUGAUGGGAAGUUUCUUGGGGUCAUCCUUUGUGUCGAGGGCACUUCUUCUUUGUUCCUAUCACUGAUGGCCCUUCGUGAACGCUUGGAGCACUUUCAGUUACUCAGUUCUAAAACCAGAGACUUCCGUAGAUAUUCCUUGCCUGCAGAUGUAUCAAUCAUAAUCCCUUCAGGAUUCUGGUUUAUAAUUAAGAAGCUAGAGUCAGUUGGCUAUCCCAUGCCACCACCACUUGUGCUUGAAUUCAAUGGGAAAUUGCUCGAGACAUUUGAGGAGGAGUUUGGUGAAUUACUUGCAUGGAAAGGGUAUCCUUACGUCGUUUCAAACCCCUGUUCUAGGGAGUAUGUUUGGGCGCUACUUCCAAGAGACGUUGUUACAAAUAUAUCCCGAAGUGUUGUCAAACUUGCUUCAUUCAAUGGAAACAUCAGGUCUUUUGCAUGCACAGGCUUGCUUAUAAAGUGGCCUGGAGCUGAAGGCACAAACACUGUCAUUCUCACUUCGGCAAGUUUAGUUAGAAGUCGUUAUGAUCACUUCAAGAUUGAUAAUAACUUAACGAUUGACGUGUUUCUCCCACCAAAACAACAUGCCAAGGGGACUUUGGUAUUCUACCAUUUAAAUACUAAUCUUGCUGUUGUCAGUCUUGAGAAGCGUAUCCAUGGCAUUCGUCCAUUUGAUAUUUGCCGUAAAGGGGAUUUAUCUAAACCAGUAGUAGCUAUAGCGCGUAAAAUUGAAGCAGGGUUUUUAAUGGCCUCAAAGGGUGAAGUGAUUUACGGCCAGACCUGCAGCAUUUAUGUCGAAAAGCUUAUGCUUUCCACUUGUAAAAUCAACAAGGCUGGGAUUGGAGGUCCCCUUAUUAACUUUGAUGGGGCAUUUGUUGGCAUGAACCACUAUGAUGGAAGUGAAGUAACUCCUUUCCUGCCAAGGCGUGGGAUUGUUCAAAUUCUGAAAGGAGAGAUUAAUUGGCGAAGACAAAGUGGGCUCUCCAUGGACAUACUGCAUGGUGUUGGAUAUAGGAGUCAGAUAGACCGGCGAAGGUGGCCUGUGCCUGAGCCGUAUUGGCACCAUGAUCUACUUGGUAUGGACAAGUAUGAUUUACACCCGCAUGUUGGAAGACAACUCUAG